GAGGAAGAAGAGGAGCGCAGUCAGCUGUUGCAAGAUGGCGUCUAAGUUAGCAAGAGCUGGUGUUCGGCAAGUGAAACCCAUCUUGUCUGUGGACCAUGGGGAGGCCAGGCAACGUGUACUCAACCUGUACAAAGCGUGGUACCGCCAGCUGCCAUACAUAGUGAUGGAUUAUGAUCUUCCCAAGUCCAAGGAGGAAUGUCGAGCUAAGUUGAGAGAAGAGUUCAUGAAACACCGCCAUGUGCAAGACAUAAGAGUCAUCGAUAUGCUGGUCAUUAAAGGCCAGAUGGAACUCAAAGAAACCGUUGAGAUCUGGAAGCAGAAGCACGGCCUGAUGGCUUACUGGAAGGACACUGUGGAGGAAAAGCCCCAGGGAUUCCUUAACAAAUUCCUGGAUGGUCAUGAGUAAAGUGGUGUGCUGCAUUGUGUCACCCCAGCUCACUGCCUGUCCUUGCACACCAUUGACAGCAGAGUGUCUGGACUAUUCUUUUAAGUCAGGCUGCACACACACACACACACACACACACACACACACACACACACACACACACACACACACACACACACACACACACACACACACACAUAUAACUGGAAUGGGUUGCAGGUGUCAAUGGAAAUAAGGAAUGUACAUCAACUAGGGGAAAAAAUUGAAGAUACAGAAACUAUACCACAUAAAAUUAACUAAAGUUCUUACACACACACACACACACACACACACACACACACACACACACACACACACACACACACACACACACACACACACACACACAAGUCCUUAGACAACUGUCUUCACACCCUGUACAUGAGAUCUUUAACAUGUUUAAAGACUGGAAAAAGAGUAUCCUUGUGACCUCAGAAUUGUAGCAACAUAUGGCAAGUGAAGGAAGUUAGGUGAGGGAGUUGUGUGAAGGCUUAAUUGUACACGUCUACUGCAGAUCAGUUGUGAAUGAAGACCUUUCCUAUCUGCCUUGUGGUGUUUGGUUUCCAGCACUAGUCCAAACAAAGCCUGAGGAACAUCAGUGGAAAGUCACACCUAUCACUGUAUUAUUACCAUCUUUACAAACCAGCAUAGAGUGUAUUUAUUUGUUAAGUCGUGUACAUAGCUAAAUAAUUCCUUGUAGAUGUUUUUAUUAAAUAAAAUUGUAGUGAAUG